AUGUCCGGUCGACCCGCGCUGGUCCAAGCGGCUGCUUAUGCUGAAUGGGCAGGUUCACCAGGGUGGUACCACGGCCCCACAGAAGACCUGGAAGCAUUAUGCUUUCGCGCUUUGAGGGUUGGCAAUGGUUCCUGCCUCGUACCACACAUCACCUCGUACCACCUCAUCGCAGUGUUGGACAGCCCCCAAAGAUGGAGGGACGACCUGUGCAAAUGUGAAAAGUGCAAGAAGCAUGAAGUAUCAUGCAGG